GUGCUGCCUCCUACAGUUCACGCACGCUCCCUAUCUUCAGUAACGGAGCGGGCGCACGGACGUGACUGUUAUUUUAGGUAAAAUGCUUCCGCGGAAGCAUUAAGAAAUAAGUAAGUAUAGAGUACUCACUCCAUACAUCAGUUUUCCUACCAAUUUCGUAGUCGACAUUGUUAUAUAUGUAAUAUGGGGUAGACCUAAGUUAACAUGCGCCGACUAGAGGGUGGUUGAGUAUUUUGUAUGUCAGUUCCGAAAUACACACGAUUGAGCUAGCUCGGUAUUUCAUUGCUGCUCCUAGAUAUAUCUUAAGGACCUUUCCAGUAUUCCCUAGUUACAUAUACAAUAAUCUGGCGACGAGUCGUGAUCGAAUCAGCGAGUGCGCGAACGUGGUUGAGUGAUAUCUUGUGCGAACAGAAUGGCAAAGAUGUCGGUUGGCAAGAUGGACGCGUUUGAUCGGCAAAAAGACAAUUGGGCGACGUAUAUAGACAGGCUGGAGCAGUAUUUUAUCGUUAAUGAGGUGCAAGAGGACCGCAGAGUACCAUUAUUAAUUACCGCGAUGGGAGCAGAUAGCUACGAGUUAUUAGUAACCCUGUGUACUCCGACUAAGCCAUCAGAAAAAACCUACAGUGAACUUGUCAAACUUAUGUUAAAUCAUCUGCAACCGCGGCCGAGUGUUUUAGCGGAAAGAUAUAAGUUUCGUCAACGCAAGCAGUCUAAACAUGAAUCGAUAGCGGAUUUCAUUGCGGACUUGCAAAGGCUAACUAAAUAUUGUGAUUUUGGUACGUGGUUGGAUGACAGCUUGCGAGAUCAAUUUGUAUGUGGAUUGUAUAAUGAGACUAUUCGACAGCGGUUAUUUACGGAAAAUGAUCUGAAGUUUGCUAAUGCUAAGGGGUUGGCAAUAGCGAUGGAGGCAGCAGAGGUAAAUGCGGCAGCUGUAGAAAGUCGAGGUCGUUCAUCAGCGAAUGACGCCACGGCGCCGUGUUUUUCUAUAAGCAACGAAAAAAAAUCAAAUUUCAAGACGCCAUCACGGAACAGCCGAAGUUAUCCGAAACGGGACGAGCAGACCAAAAUAGUUAGCACCGAAGUUAACCGAUGGAGGCCGAACGGACAGCGGCCGAACAAUAGUUACCGGGGACCUGUGACGUCGAGAUCAGCUGACGGCAGCCGCGCGCAAUUAGGUCAAGGUCAAGGGACGUGCUCAGCGUGUGGAGGUGCGCAUGCGACUCAGACAUGCAAAUUUCGUCUUUAUGUAUGCCGUGUGUGUAAUCAAGACGGACACUUGAAAAAGAUGUGCCCCAGGUUGACAAAAGUUAACUACGUUGAGGAUGAGUAUUCGGAAGAGGAAACAUAUGACUUAGAGUUCCAGGUUUAAGAAUGUGUUCUCGGAGGGCCUGGGGAGGUACAACGGCGGGCUAGUGUCACUGCGAGUGCGGCCGGACGCGCGUCCCGUGUUCCUACGCGCGCGCCCUCUGGCGUACGCGCUGCGCGAGCCGGUGGAGCGCGACGGCGUCAUCACGCCCGUCGAGACCUCCGAGUGGGCGACACCUAUCGUACCGGUGGUGAAGUCUGACGGAACUAUACGCAUCUGCGGAGAUUAUAAGAUAAGUCUUAAUAAACAUUUAGAUGUGGACCGUUUUCCUUUGCCUAGGGUCGAGGAUUUGUUUACAAAAUUACAUGGAGGUCAAAAAUUUAGCAAAAUUGAC